UGCUUCCCCUGUCGAUGACGUCACAGGAGGAUGACGGCUCCACCUGCCUGCACCACGCGGCCAAGAACGGGAACCUGGAGAUGGUGGAGCUGCUGCUGGGAACCGGACAGGUGGACGUCAACGCCCAGGACAACGGCGGCUGGACCCCGAUCAUUUGGGCGGCCGAGCACAAACACAUCGAGGUCAUUUGGCGACUGCUGACCCGAGGGGCCGACGUCACCCUGACCGACAACGAAUUUGAUUUUUGCAACUCCAACACCACCCGCUCCUCCCCCGGCCGCAACGCCGUGGGUUUUGGCAGCCUCAUCGUAAAAUUUGUCGGCAGAUCGUGGCGUCACUCGCUCCCGAUUGAAUCGCCCACGAAACCGCUGCCCGAGAUCGCCAAGUUUGAGGCCUCUCCGGAGGAGCCGGAACUCUAUAAGGACGGGGGCUCGCCGCGAUAG